AUGGGUGGCCCUGCACGCAUGCUGGGAAACCAAGGCUAUGUCGAUGUAAACAUAUUUGAGACCCUGGUUAGCAUGAAGAGUGGGCUCUGGGAAGGCUGUGGGGUGCAUCAGACGACGCGGCGGCCCCCGGCAGGUCACCCUUAUGUUGAGGGGUGUCGGGCUCGCCCGGUGUGCGGUGACAGCACGCCGUUGCUGGGUGCAGGCCACGCGUACUGUGACCUCCGAUGGCAAUGA